AUGAGAAGCAUGAGACUGUUUCUUUCACUUGCUUUCAGUGCUCUCAUGCUACUUGAAGGCUAUGGGUUUACGGUGGAAACUGAUAAGCAAGGGUUGCUCGAAUUCAAGUCUCGAGUUUCUGAAAACGGAAGAGUUCCUUUCCUCAUGGAAUCACUCAAACCCUUUAUGCAACUGGGAUGGGGUUACAUGUGGCCGCAAACACAAGAGAGUUACAAGUUUGGACCUCACAGGAUUGCAACUGGGUGGGGGAAGCUCCCUGCAUCUCUUGGAAACUUGACAUCACUCACAGAACUUGUCAUUGGAGAUAACAAUAUAGAAGGAGGAAUUCCGGAUGAUAUAGCUAGACUGACUCAAAUGGUCACUCUUGAAUCAUCACGGAACAAUUUCUCAGGUGUACUUCCGCCGGCAAUCUACAAUUUGUCCUCACUCGAGUUGUUAUACAUGUUUGAUAAUGGUUUCUCAGGUAAUUUGAGGGAAGAUUUUGGUAGUUUGCUACCAAAUCUCAAAUUCUUAUACUUGAGAGAUAAUAAUCUCACUGGUCCCAUCCCAGCAACACUUCCCAAUAUAUCAACUCUUCAACGUUUAGAUCUCCAGUUCAACAAUCUAAUUGGAAGUAUUCCUCGGAGCUUCGGAAAGCACGGAAAUUGCAAUACCUAG